AUGGACAUAGCUCGGCAUCCUGCGGCGACGAGAGGCGCGCCUGCUCUCGCCGGGAAUAGUCUAGCCACCAGCGAAACGAGUAAUCCGAGUCUUCAAUCGCCCACCAGCACCCCUCCCGCAGAUCCCGAUCACUCACAAGCAAAUCUUGCCUCUCGUCUCUCUUCCGCUUCCGUAUGCUCUGCACCAACGUCGACGUCAUAUGCCAUCGGUGAAAAGAAGCCCCGCGCAUCCGCCGAGCUGGGCUGCAACUAUCGCAGUGCUUUCUUAGCAACAAACUUCGUCCGCGCCGUUUGCGCUCAGUUUGCGGACUGCCUUUCGUCCCUUAUCCGCGCACUCCGAGGGUCUCGAUCGGAGCUAGUGUGCCUAUGA